CGUUGCGUGGAGAUGUGGCGGAUGAGUCAAAGACCUCAAGCGAGUGCAUACGACAAUACGGUUACUAUUCUUACCCUGGACAAUUUAAACGUUUAAGAGCAACGAACAAAACAUGAAUACGGUAGUGCGGGAGAACAAUGCCAUUGAUUUUACAAACGUUGUAAUGGUCGAUCAUCAAACCGUGACAAAUAGUCGACAAUCUUUGGCAGACAGCAAUGCAAAUUUAGACGACUCCCCACCUGCCGGGGGUGGAGGACCUGGAAAGUGUCGCCCAUGUAUGGAUAAAAUGUUUAAUGGAAAAAUUCUGAAACGUCAUAUGCCCAUAUUCCAGUGGCUACCGGCUUACAGUCGAGAAGACUUUGUGGGUGAUUUAAUAGCCGGCAUAACUGAUUCUCUGGCAGCCAUACCAUUGGCUUUGGCAUUUGCCGGUAUUGCGGGACUACCAACAGAGUUUGCUCUUUACAGUUCAUUUAUGGGCAACAUAGUCUAUACCAUUUUCGGAUCCUGUAAGGACAACAUUGUGGGUUCAACAGCCAUAGCAUCUUUGCUGACAUUUCAAGUGGCCCAAGGUGAUUGGCAGAAAUCCGUUUUGUUUUCAUUGCUGACGGGUGUCAUAGAACUUGUGAUGGGCCUUACACGCUUGGGUUUCAUCAUAGAUUUUGUUUCUGGUCCCGUCAAUGCUGGAUUUACCAGUGCAGUUGCUUUGAUUAUAUUCACCUCACAAAUCAAAAACAUCUUAGUAGUCCAAUCCACAGGGGAUUCGUUUUUGGAAAAUUGGAUAUCCAUGCUAAAGGAUAUACACAAUUAUCGAAUCAGCGAUACUGUACUAGGAAUGAGCAGUAUAGUGAUUCUGAUUGUCUUGCGAUUUAUUGGAAAUAUCAAAAUUAAGCCACCGGAAAAUGGAGAUCUCUCAAGAGAGCAGAGGAUGGCCAAUACCAUAUUCUGGUUUGUGGGUGUUGCAAGAAAUGCUUUACUGGUAUUUAUCACGGCUACCAUAGUAGGUUAUUUGCAACUCAAGGAUUAUUUUCAACUGACGGGCUAUAUACCCUCCGGAUUUCCACCUGUGGAAAUUCCUGCAUUCUCUCUACCCGGUUCAAAUGUAACUCAAGGCUUCGAAGAAGUUGUGGGAGAGCAACAAACUUUUUGGAUGUUAUUAAAGGAAUUUGGAACUGGUCUAUUGGUGAUACCUUUGAUAUCACUUUUGGAGACUAUGGCAGUAUGCCGAACUUUUGCUAAAGGAAAACCUGUGGAUACUAAUCAAGAAUUAAUAUCAUUGGGUUUGGCUAAUAUAUUCAAUACAUUUUUCCGUGGCUAUCGCAUUAAUGGUGGUUUGGCCAGAGGUUCCGUUAACACCGCCAGUGGAGGUCGAACCCAAUUUGUAAAUGUCUAUAUCAGCCUUAUUGUUAUAUUGGCCAUGAUAUUUUUGGCUGAAUAUUUCUACUAUAUACCCAUAGCUACACUGGCGGCCAUUAUAAUAGCAGCAGUGCUAUUUCAACUGCAGUAUCAAACCAUAAAACCAAUGUGGCGAAGCAAUAAAGCGGAUCUCUUUAUAGGUCUCUUGGCCUUUACAGCAUGUUUGGUGGCUCCGCUGAGUGCGGGAGUAUUUGCAGCCAUCUUUAUAAAUAUUUUAUAUAUUCUCUAUCAAUCGGCUAGGCCUGAAAUUGCAGUGGAUUUGGUAAAGACUUCUAGUGGCAAAUAUUUUCUGAAAAUAACUCCCGAUCGCUGUUUGAUAUUUCCCUCUAUGGAAUUUGUACGCAAUAAAGUUUUAAAGUCAGGCAAAAAGAAUUCAACACUUCCUGUGGUCUUUGAUUGCACCUACAUCUAUGCCACAGACUUCACAACAGCCAAGGCAAUUGAAUUGAUACUUCAAGAUUUCAAAUCAAGAAAUCAAUUAUUAAUAUUUUUCAAUUUAAGACCGCGUCUUGUUAAAGUUUUCGAGACCAUACAAUCGAAAUUUAUUCUCUGCUAUACAAUGGAUGACAUCGAGAAAUCCUUGAGUGAUAAGGCUUCGAAUGGUAAUGCUUGCAACGUUACAGAAGAGACUAAUCUGUAAAUUAGUGAUUUAUUUUCAUGAUGCCUGAAAGUAUGCUAUAGAAUAAGUUAUAUCAUUAAUACCACAAAAAAGCUUUAAAUGAGUAAAUAAAAACGGUUACAAAGCAGAAAAGCCACAGCAAAUGUGGAAAUAAAGGUCAAAACUACAAACAAGAAUA